AAUCGAUUAGUGAUAUUCGCGCGAAUAUGUUUAUUUUCUACUUGUUGAUAAAAUAGGGUCAAAAAAAAACAUUACGGGGCACAAAAAAUCAAGUACGUUUAAUCAACAAUAUUAAACAAUAUAUAAUGUAAUAAAACGUUUGUUAAUAAUUUAUUAAAUAUCCAAAGUAAUUCGUAUAGUGUUCCAACAGCGAAAAAUGGCUACAAACCAAUUUAAGUUACCUUCACCAUAUAUUAGAACACAAUUACCUCCACCAGAAGAAGAUGCAGUUUAUAAUAAUCAUAUCAAAACUGCAAAGUUUGCUGACAGUGAAUGCCGAGAAUUCGGUGUAGCCAUAUUCGGUAUAGGCCGAGCAGGUACCAUUCAUUUAUUAAAUCUAAUCGGAAACAGACGAGCUAAUAUCUUAUACAUCGUUGACGAUGAUGUUAACAAAUUGGAAAAUAUAAAAAAAAGUUAUAAAAGAUGUUUGAGUGAAACCUCCUUCUUAACCAGCAAAGAUAUGAAUAAAGUUUUUGUGGAUUCAAAGGUUGAUUUUGUAAUUUGCGCCUCACCUACUUAUACACAUGAAGUCAUAGUGAGAUCAGCACUAGAACAUCACAAAGCUGUUUUCUGUGAAAAGCCUGUAGCUGUUACUUUAGAAGAAACUAAAGCUCUAAUUGAUUUAUCCAAAAAGGUUAAUACACCAUUACUUAGCGCAUUUAAACAGAAAUUAACAAGCCAAGAUUUAAUAUUUUUUAGGAGAUUUGACGACUCAUACUCAAAAAUAAAAGAAAAAGUAAGACAAGGAGAAGUAGGCAAGGUACUAACAGUAAAAGUUUGUGCUAGGGAUUCUCCAUUACCUUCCAUAGAUUAUCUUAAAACAUCAGAUGGGAUAUUUAGAGACUGUGCUGUUCACGACAUCGAUCAAAUUAUUUCGGUUCUCGGAGAAUAUCCCAACAAGGUGUCUGUUUUCGCUAACGCAAAUAUUCCAGAAAUACGCAACAUCAAUGACGUUGAUACUGUUAGUAUAAUAAUGGCAUUUGAUAGCGGAGCACUUGGUAUAAUUGAUAUAAGUAGACAGUGUGUCUAUGGAUAUGAUCAGCGAUUGGAGGUGUUUGGUGAGAAAGGCAUGAUCAAAGCUGAAAAUAAAUGUCCAAUGCAAAAUCUUGAAGAAUAUAAACCAGAAAUGACAAAGAAAUCUCCAAUUUAUUACAGUUUUGCAUCUAGAUAUCAAGAUGCUUACAAAAGAGAACUGGAACAUUUCAUGAACGUACUCGAAGGAAAAGAUAAACUUCUUAUAACUGGACAAGAUUUAUUAAAUGUAUUUAAAAUUGCCAUAGCGUGUGAAAAUUCUUGGAAAACUGGACAAACUGUACCAUUAACAUGGAGCAAGACAGAAUUACAAUAAAUCAUUUAAUAAAACUGUAAAUAAAAUGAAAAUAUUUUGAUAUUUUUCAAAUAUACAUUUAUAUUCCUAAUUCAUCAUCAGACACUUGGGAUGAUACAAAUUCAAAAAUUUUUAUUCCCUUGUUUGUCACCUUUAUGUCUAAUUUAUUUUUGUUGAGAUGUUUUACUUCUUUAAAUUCUAAAGUUAUUGGAUUCUGAUAAGCUACUCUAUCUUCUAUCGAUUUCUAUUUAUUAGAAUUCCUCUUUGUUAUCAUUGCUCUCCUAUCUCUUCUAAUGAUGAUUAAUAUAUUUGCUCUAAUCAACCGAUGGUCACUCCCAAAAGUGAUUUUAUUAAUUACUCUAACAUCUUGGACAAUAUUUUUUCUGUUUGUGAUUAUGAAAUCAAUUUCGUUUUUUGUUAUACCGUUUGGUUUUUGUUUGUUACAAGGAGUUUUUUUUUUGUUAAUUUGUUAAAUAUACUCCUAGUUUAAGAUUUAAAAUAAAAUACUUGAUUUAUGGUUUCCCUUAACACUUAAGUCCUCCAAUAAAGAUUAGAUUUUUAUUGUAUUAAAUUUUUUUUUAUUAACUGCUUUUUUACUGAUCACAUAUUGUGCAUGCAAUUGUAUGUUGGAUGAUUGUUUAUCCGUUCAUUGUUUAGUGUUGUAUGUAUUCAAACAUUUAUUGAAGGUAAUGGCUUAUUGUUUUUUUUAAUAUUCAACCAUAAUUUAUCUUAUCUCUAGUAAUUUGUUCUGUUGAACUAAGUAUCAAUCUCAAAAGCUAGUUUCGAACCCACGACUUGCUCUCUACCAACCAUCUAGUUGCAUGUGUCAGUAUAUUCAAUGUUAGAAACGAACUUAAAGUCAUUACUAAAUGAACUUAUAACAAAAUUUAAAAUGUUAUAUAUAGGGUAAGUGUGUAUAAGAGCACGCAUGUGUAUAAGGGUACGCACCUCUAUAUUACGAUAACCUUAAAAAUCUUUAUGAACUAAGGCAAUACUUUCCAAGUUCAAUAUAUAACAUGGAUGAAUCGAGUUUAUCAACUGUGCCUAAUAAGUUAGCCAAGACAUUAGCGAGCAAGGGAAAGAAACUUGUAAUGAAGGUAGCUAGUGCAGAUCGUGAACAACUUGUAACGGCUGUAUGUUGCAUGAACUCCACAGGUAACUAUAUAUUCCUCCAGCACUCAUAUUUCCCAGAAAAAGAAAAAAGGAAGAUCUGUUUUUAAAUGCACCAUGUGAAACUCUGAAAUUCAUUUCAGAAUCUGGAUGUAUCAACACGGAUCUUUUUUGUAAGUAGUAAAUCCAUUUUAAUAAGUUUGCCAAACUCAGUACUGAAAACAGAGUUCUUUUAUUUCUCGACAAUCACAGCUCUCAUCGUGACCUGCAAGCUAAUAUUGCCGGGAGGAUCACAUCAAUCUUUA